GGAGCGCCGCUCACUCGAGCGACAUUUCUUCCAGUCUCGCUCAGAUCUCACGUCGUCCUCACCCUCCUCCUCACCCAUCAGCCUUCCUCACCUGAGCGCCCAGGUGUUGACAGAGGAUGGAGCUCUGUAGUUGAGCGAGGGUGUUGGCGUACACACACAGCACGCGUACACACACACACAGCACGCGUACACACACACAGCACGUGUACACACACAGCACACACAGCACGCGUACACACACACAGCACGCGUACACACACACAGCACGCGUACACACACACACACAGCACGCGUACACACACACACAGCACGCGCACACACACAGAGCACGUGUACACACACACAGCACACACAGCACGUGUACACACACACAGCACGUGCACACACACAGCACGUGUAACACACACACAGCACACACAGCACGCGUACACACACACACAGCACGCGCACACACACACAGCACGUGUACACACACAGCACACACAGCACGUGUACACACACACAGCACGCGCACACAGACGCACAGUCGUACAAUACACAGACACGUGAAUAAGGACACAUAGGCAUAUACGCACGCUACAGUUGAUACGUAUCGUGUUCACCAAAACAAUACAAACCACACACACCACACAAACACACACACCACACGCAACUCUCACACACACACACCUCACACCCCACACACACACAACUCAUACACCACACAUACAACUCACACACCACACAUACAACUCACACGAACACCCCACACACACACAACUCAUACACCACCCACACACACACCACACACACAACUCAUACACCACCCACCACCACACACACACCACACACACACACAACUUAUACACCACCCACACACACACACCACACACACACACAACUUAUACACCACCCACACCACACACACCUCCCCCCACACACACAACUCAUACACCACCCACACCACACACACCUCCCCACACACACAACUCAUACACCACACACACCACACACACACACCCCACACACACAACUCAUACGCCACACACACACACACCACACACAACUCAUACACCACCCACACCACACACACACCCCACACACACAACUCAUACGCCACACACACCACACACACACACCCCACACACACAACUCAUACGCCACACACACACCACGCAACUCACGCGAACACCCCCCACACGGACACACACCUUGGCACGCACAGCGCCACGCACAGCCAGCGCCCGCCUCCUCACUCCAUGCGGCCCGAGGGAGAUCCGAAGUCUCGGCUGUGGGGGAGCGCGGGGGAGGAGGUGGAGGAGGUGGACGAGGAGGAGACGAGGAGGAGGUGGACGAGGAGGAGGCGGGGGAGCGAGGGACAUGGGCCCCGGGACCCCCACGGGCCCCGGGGGCCGGGGCCCGUGAGGAGACGGAGAGAGCGCGGGGAGAGCGGGGAGAGCGCGCGGCGGCGGCGGUGAGCGAGAGAGGGACCUCUGACCCUGACCCGGAGCCAUCGACCUCAGGGCUGGAGCUGCUAGCGCCACUCCAGCCAGCACCACCCAUCCUCCUGCCAGGGUACAGCAGCACCAACAGCGGCAACAGUAGCAGCAACAGCAGCAACAACAGCAGCAACAAAAUCAGCAACAGCAGCAGGAUUAACAGUUGCAACAGCAGCAGCAACAACAGCAACAACAGCAGCAACAGCAGCAACAACAGCAGCAGCCACGACAGCAACUGCUGCUGUAGGAACAUCAAGAUUAACAGCAGCAACAGCAGCAGCAUUAACAGCAGCAACAGCUGCAACAGCAGCAGCAGCGGCAGCAACCCUCGGCAGACAUCACCAUGUGGCAGCAGUGCGUGGCUCUCUGUGCCAGCAUCGCACACAUUACCACCAUCAUCGCCAUCGCCACCACCAUCGCCACCACCAUCAUCACCAUCACCGCCGCCACGACCGCCACCACGGCAGCCAUCGCCACACCUGCCAUCGCCACACCCGCCAUCGCCACCACCACGGCUAUCGGCAGCGCCGCAGCCGAUGGCGCUGGGCGCGGGGCGGCCGGUGACCGCCGCCACCGGCGCCGAACCCGAAAAGUUGAAGCGCGACCGGCGGCGGCGGGGGGGGCAGGCGUCGGUGGGGAACGGCGGCGAUCGCGGCGUCGCCAACGACAACGGUAACGUCGGCAACGGCCGCGGCAACCGCGGCGGCACCGGCGGCGUCAGCGGUAGCGCCGGCGGCGACGGCGGCGGGGUGCGGACUCACUUCCACACCUUCCCGUGCCUGGAGGACUUCUGCGCGGUGCAGCGCAGCCACCGCAUGCUGGAGGAGAGCGGCUUCUACUGGGGCCACCUGUCCAGCGCCGAGGCGGCCGCGGCGCUGCUCGGCAAGCCGGUGGGCACCUUCCUGGUGCGCGACAGCCGCCACGGGGCCCACUUCUUCUCGCUGAGCGCCGUGACGGAGCGGGGCCCCACCAGCGUGCGCGUACAUUUCCGCGCCGGCGCCUUUGCCCUCGACACGGUGCAGGAGGCGGUGCACGCGGCGCCGCGCUUCGCCAGCCUCAUGGAGCUCAUCGAGCACUACAUGGGCGAGUCGCGCCGGCUCGACCGGGCCGGGGGGGGGGGCGGCGGCGACGACGACGGCGGCGACCGCCGGCACCGGCGCCGCGACGGGGCGCGCUACUGCGUGACGCACGACGACGGCACGCGCCUGCCGCUGCUGCUGUCCCGCCCGCUGCCCCGCCACGCCGGGGCGCCGCCGUCCAUGCAGCACGCGUGCCGCCGCGCCAUCCACCGCGCCGUGCCCGGCGAGCGCCUCGCCGAGCUGCCGCUGCCCGCGCCGCUCCGGGACUUCCUCGAGAGCUACCCGUCGCAGGUGUGAGCCGGAGGACCCGCGGGGGCGGAGGGGGGCGGGGGGUUGACGGGGCGCGAUGGGAUGGGGCGGGCGGCUAUCCCCUCUUGGAGGUACCCGUCUAAACGUACAACCCCACCCACACCCCAAAGACAAAGAUGCCCCGCGUGUCCCAUUAACAGACGCCGAAUGAAGGCCACUGGCGCUGCGGCACACGACGGGGUGGUGGGCGGCCAGCACCACGCCCGGCCGCCGUCGUCUCCCGCAGUGGCGACGUUUGUUUUACCCACAUCGCACCGGGUGCUCAUUUUAGGGGAGGAGGCCCAGGCCCCGGUGCUGGUGGCCAUGAGCGGGAAUCGAACUCGGGUCAUAGCCGGGUUCGUGGCGCGGCGCGCUGGCCGUUGCACCACCCCACACCCCACCCACGGUGGAAGUGGCGCUGCCUCUCGUCGCCCCCAGAGGAGUCGGACUCACAAACUGCGUCGAAGAACAAGACCCGGAGUUGGCCUCUGAACUCGAGGAUCGGAUUUUGGGAUUUGCGGCCGCCGGAAGUCCGCUGACAGUCGAAGCCGCACGCUGCUGCAUCCAAGACCCAGAUGCGGCGAAGAACUCAGAAUCUGGAUUUGAAUUCGCGCUGUUCCAUUCAAGACCCGGAAUUGGUUAAUGACCUGGAUCAGGAUUCGAAUUCACGCUGCUGCUCCCAAGACACGGAUCCGCAUUAGGACCCUGGAUCAGGAUUCGAAUUCACGCUGCUGUACCCAAAACCCGGAUGUGGAUCGGGACUCUGGAUCUGGAUUCGAACUCACACUGCUACAUCCGGACCGCGAUCUGCAUCUGGACUUUUUGUGCACCGUGCGCAGAUCCAGACCUUGAGCCAAACUCACAAUCUGCACCUCAACUGGAAAUCGAACCCAUGCAAGUUUCCACCCAGAGUCAAAACAUGAACAUCGCACGUUUGCUGGGCGUGAAGUCAAACCCAAACACUCCUCAGGCACCUUGACCAGGAGUCAAACCCAGGCUCCGCAGCCGGAUGUGCAGUCGACUCUGCUCUUGAACGCGGGAGUACAGAGUGCAGAGUUGAACAUUGAUUUCAUUUAACUCGUGAGAGCGGGCUGGAGAGAUGGCCAGGAGUAACCUGACCUGGGCCAUCUGCAGCAGUGACCUGGGUAAAACCUGGAGUCGAACUGAAUGUGGGGAUAUCCGGAGUGUGUGUGUAUGGGAGUGUGUGUGUGUGUAGGUGUAUGGGGGUGUGUGUGUGUAUGGGGGUGUGUGUACGUAUAUGAGAGUGUGUGUAGGUGUAUGGGAGUGUGUGUGUGUAGGUGUAUGGGAGAGUGUGUAGGUGUAUGGGAGUGUUUGUGUGUAGGUGUAUGGGAGUGUGUGUAUGUGUAGGUGUAUGGGAAUGUGUGUGUGUGGAGGUGUAUGGGAAUGUGUGUGUGUGUAGGUGUAUGGGAAUGUGUGUGUGUGUAGGUGUAUGGGAAUGUGUGUGUGUGUGUGUGUGUAGGUGUAUGAGAGUGAGUGUGUGUGUGUAGGUGUAUGGGAGUGUGUGUGUGUAGGUGUGUGUAGGUGUAUGGGAGUGUGUGUAUGUGUAGGUGUAUGGGAAUGUGUGUGUGUGGAGGUGUAUGGGAAUGUGUGUGUGUGUAGGUGUAUGAGAGUGAGUGUGUGUGUGUAGGUGUAUGGGAGUGUGUGUGUGUGUGUAGGUGUAUGGGAGUGUGUGUGUUGUUGUUUUUUGAAAUCCAUUACAGAGUUUGUGCAACAGGGGACCGAGUGAGGGAUCGAACUGUUUGCCCGAGAACUCCGCGUCACACGGCACCAGCGGGCAUGGCAACUCACACGCGAUGCAUUCGUUACGGUUUCUCGAGUCGGGCUACUUGCUACCGAUUGUACGCUAUCUGCUUAAGAACUCUUCUUUGACAUAAAAGUAAGUCCCCCAAUUCCUGUUCAGGUGCAAGAAUUACUGAAGCACAACGCAAGCGCGCGUAUAUAAUCGCGGCGAUACCAAAUUCUGAUCAUAUGCAGGGAUAUUUAUGUAUGUGUAACAGUUGAUAUAUUACGUUACGGUAUAGGGUGGCUGCCAUAGCGGUGUUACGGUUAUCACCGCACUGUCACUCGCGAUCCAGAGGUUGCCGGUUCGAUUCCACGUCCUGGCGCCCUGGGUGGUUGAAACGACGUUCCUUGAAUUCUCCGCGAGCCGCCGCCACCACCACCACCACCGCAACCACCAACACCGCCACCACCGCCGCUGUCACCACCGCCACCACCGCCAACACCGCCACCACCGCUACAAUCACCGACUCCAUCUCCGCCACCAUCGCCACCACUGCCACCAUCGCCACCACCGCCACCAUCGCCACCACCGCAACCGCCAACGCCACAAUCACCGACUCCAUCUCCGCCACCACCGCUACCGCCACCACCGCCACCACCACCGCCACCACCACCGCAACCGCCACCACCGCCACAAUCACCGACUCCAUCUCCGCCACCACCGCUACCACCACCACCAGCACCACCACCGCUACCGCCACCACCGCAACCGCCAACACUGCCACAAUCACCGACUCUAUCUCCGCCACCACCACCACCGCCACCGCCUCCGUCCACCCAGCGGAGUGAAUUGGUCCGGCACGGUCGGACAGUCGAUCCAUCGAUGGGCAGGUCGCGUCCGGUGAGGUCAAAUGUGGCAACACGUGGGUGUGUGUGUAGGUGUAUGGGUGUGUGUGUAUGGGUGUGUGUGUACGGGUGUGUGUGUAUGGGUGUGUGCGGGUGUGCGUGUGGUGCUCGCUAACAGCACUUUUCCGAACAGUCUGCGAAAUACUAUCCAGGGGAUCUUUGUCUUUGUGUGGGUGUCUGUGUGUGUGCUGCUCGCUAACGGCACUUGCCCCAACAGUUUGUUAAGGCUAUACGGGGGAUCUUUGUCUUUGUCUCUUCUAUGGGAAGCGGUGGCGUAGUGGUUAGAGCACUACGCUAUGAACCCAGGCCAACCGAAUUCCUCGUUCCCGCUCAAGACCAAUAACAGUGGGCAAUAUAUGAACUUCUCCUGGCCCUCUCCUAGGUCGACUCGGCCUUAAAUGAGUACCUAGUGCGGUGUGUAAAUAUUAUCAACACUGGGGAGACAAAGGCGGCCGGGCGUGGUUUUGGCCCCCACGUGUGCCGUGUCGGCCGUAAUAGGUGCUCGCUAACAGCACUUGCCCCAGCAGUCUGUGCAAGGCUAUACGGGGGAUCUUUGUUUCUUGUCCGUUCUCUGAGCAGGUAUUCUUCGGGCACACCCAUCUCCUGUUUACAGCCCUGAGCCAGUGGUGGAAGUUCCACAUUCCUAUGGCGGGGGCGGAUAUACACCCCGCGUGACAACCACCUGCCGUGCAGAAGGGAAGAGAAAAAAAUGUUGAAAUGCAAAAAAAUGUCAUCAAAGUUUUGUCUCGAGAGACGUUAAUUUGGCCGCAGAAAAUCUAUGGAUGCAAGGACGUCAACCAAAUACACGACGUUAAUCGUCGUCAUUUUGAUCUCGCCAAGUAACCGUCGUGUAUAUAAUCCGCACACAGACGCAGCCGAAGACCAACAACCACGGCGUUCGUGCCAGGCUAGGUGCACACAGCCCCGGCACAAAUACACGCACGCACGCGCCUCGAUUUACAAUGACACACGCAGACAGACUCACGUUCACACACACGCGCACGGAUACAUCUAAAUAAACACACGUACCGAAUUACAUGCGUGCAAAAACAGAUCCGCAACACACAGUUUUUGCGACCACAUGCAGAGACACGCCAACACGUGCACGCGGGUCCAAACGCGUGCACGUACACACACACACAUGUACAUAUGCGUAUUUUAUAAACACGAAAACACGCGCACAUAUAUAGAUACAUACCCCAUAAGGUAUUUGUGUUGUGACGUGCGUUGUAUUUUUUCAAGAAAAAGCGCCACUUAAUUAUGUUUAUUUAUCCACAAGACACACACACACACGAGUAUGUGUGUGCGUACGUGUAUGCGAUAUAUUAUUGAUUAAGUCAUAAUGUCAUAUCGUACAUUUUAACUUUGAAAAUUGCACACAUUAAAUAUUUAUUAUAACAAUCA